AGAGUGACACCUCUUGAAAGUCUCCCCCUCUCUGGGUGGAGAGUUGCUUUAGCACCUGGUCACACCUGCCAGGUGACGUCCGACUUCGCCAGUGGGGGAAACAACCGAGCUCGUAGCGAGCCCGCUCCCUGUAAACAGACUCACGGAUCGUUUCGAGGGGGGGGAGGGAUGUGACCGAGUUAAAAACAGGGAAAACAAGGAAAAUGACUUUUAGCAACCUGAAGAAAAUUUGCUAACAGUCGGACUCUUGACAGUGCAACUGGUAUUGACUGAGAAGAGAGAGAACUGGAUUUUAAAACUCAAGUUUUACAAGAAUGUCUGACCAAGGUGGUUUAGUCUCAGAAUUAAUUAAAGAAGCGGCACUUUCACCUGAUGGUUCAACCGCAGAGCCACAAAUAGCAGGAAGUAAAAAGCCGCAAGAGAGCAACAGUGUUGAGGAAAGAAACAAGAUUACAGACGAGGAGGAGGAAGAAGAAGAGGAUGUGUUGAAGGAGGAGAAAGAUCAAGAAGAGGACAAGGAGGAGGAAGUGACCAGCUCUGCUCUUCUGGAGCCGAGCACGUUGCCAUGGCCUGGAGACAAAGACAAGAGGCCUCAGGCGGACAACGAUGAUGGAAUCUGGUCAGAAAAAGAAGUUUCAGAGCCCGAAGAGCGGGACAAGGGGGUCAGUGGAGGAAGCCAAGACCCGUCAGAGGAGCAGAGUCAGGCGGAGAGCGACAGGAAGAGCAAAGCCAAGUGGAGGGAGAGCAUGCCUGAGGGAGAGAGGUGGAGGGACGAUGAGAUGGAGGAGCGGCGAGACGAUAAGGGGGACAGCUCACUGGCAGAUGAUGAAGCUGAGGAGGAGGAGGGGGAAGUAGAAGAAGGAGAGUCAAAAUGGAUCUCAGAGAAAGGUGGUCUGGGUUUCAUUCCACAAGUCACGAUUGUGUGUCCGUCCAGCAAAGAGCUUCCAGAGAAGAGCCAGCUCUUCAUAGAGAAGGACGUCGAGAAGGAGCCGCAGGUGGAGCCCGACUCGGCAGCGCAGUUCUACCCCGAGUGGACGGAGCAGGACGACAAGUACUACCUGUGUGAGCAUCCGUGCUGUGAAAACCUGAGGCUGGCUCUAGCGACGGCUGCAGCAGGGCUCCUCUUCCCGCUCCUGGUGUGGGGAGGUUACAAACUCCUUCCUUUUGACUCCCCGCUGCUGGAGAGCGCCCCCCUCCGGGUGGUGUACACGCUACGCUGCUCCUUCUUCGCCACCAUCCCCAUCCUCCUCGGUGUGGUGGUGCAGGGCGUGGCCCGGCUGCGUUACAGCGCGCUGGAGCCGCUCUAUCAGAGUAAACUGGUGAACAGGGAGGUCGCCGUGCAUUGGCACUACGUCAACGAAUCACUGGCCCUCUUCCUCUUCUACUUCCUGCAGCUCACCAUCAUGGCAACCUACAUCAGCCAGGAGCUGGUCAAACUGGUGCCGCUGCUCACCAUCAUAUUUGUUUUUGGCAGGCUGAUCUACUGGCUCUGCCUCUCUCUGGGCAGCAGCAUCCGAGGCCUCGGCUUCGGCUUCUCCUUCUUCCCCAUACUGGUCAUGCUGGGCGUCAACUUCUACUACGUCUGUUCGUCCGUAGGACAAGGGGUGGUCUUCGACGUAGCACCGCCCACGACGGCUCCUCCUCCCAGGCAGCGUUGGUGGGGUUAAAGGCCGACGUCCGAAAAGGGGCUGAGGAGCUAGGAGACAAGGGACGACUCCAAGCGGCUUAAACAUCGUGACGCAAACACUAAGAAAAGUUGGCUCGUUCUUUUGGUGGCUUUUAAAGUUGUAAUCCUUAAGAUUUCAGUCCUGGUUGAUUUGGUGCCACCUCUGGCUACUGAUGGUAACGGCAAGUGCGGUUUAAUACUACAGCAAACACUCCUAGAACAGUGUUGUCAGAAACACAACAGAAGAGGGAGGGAGCAGUGUAUCAGUUACAGAGUAGCUAAACAAACUCAUGUUGCUGUUUUUAAUCAAGAAGUCAGUCAAUCUCAAUUAAUCAGAUCGAAACGAUUUAAUUUAAUCAGAAAUUUAUAAAAAAAAAUCUGACGAAAAAAUGCAGGAAAUGACUUGGCUUUUUUUUUUUUGUAGGCACAUUUUAGAUGAACAUGUUACGUUUGCUGUGGCUGCUUCCCCAUAAAAAGCCACCCCGUGUUUCGCUAGUUGAAUGCUUUUAAUGUGAAGCAGCAGUAGGAAAGCAGUAACUUAAUUACUAACCAGUGUGGUGUAAAGAGAGCAAACAGUUAACACUGUUCUCGGUGAGAUCAAAUUUUGCCGGAUUAUAUACAUGCAUCGUUUCCUGUGAAUCACAUAGGCAAUGUAAAUCCAGGGCAGAAAUGGUGGCACUUAAUUACUGAAUGUAAAUAGAUUAAAUUCCAGUUGCAGGAAGAAUGCCAACCAUUAAUAGUACCAAAACUGGGGUUUGAUCUCAUGAAAAUCUUAAGGAUUAUAACUUUUAUUGUUUGAUAAUUGCUCUCUUCACAAAGAAAUCAAUGAUAUGAAAGAGGCUGGGAGUAAAUUUGGAGCUCAGAUUGUACUCUCUGUAUGUUUAAAAAAAAAAUUAUUCACAUGGUAGUUGGACAGGAAAUUACUCAAAAAAAAAGAAAAAUUAAAACUACAGAGAUGUGGCCUUAAGAAGGCCUUUUCUCACAAUGCGUGUUUACUGAUUUUGUGCCAUUUAUCUUCCAUGACAAACCUUUACACGGCCUCUAACGUCUUCUCGUCUUGAACUGAUUAAAACGAGUUUUGAGGCCAAAUAGUUUCAGUAUGAGGCAUCCGGUGUUUAGAUGUGAUGCAGCAAAACGCAGACAUGGAAAAAACACAUGCAACCUGAAAACUGUCAGUUAUGGGCACUCAAUCAAUAGAGCUGGAUAUCAAAGUAAAAUAUUGAAGGGUUACAUUAGAUUUUUUUUUAUGAGGUUGAUUGAUUAGCAUUAAGUUGUUUUAUGAAUUUAUCAUUUUAUUUAGUUGUUGCACAACCAGUACUAGUGGUAAUCUUUAAACUUUAUAUUUAUAACAGACUGUUAAAUGCAUCUUUGUUUUGCUGAUCAAAGGCUUUUGUUUACAGCAACAAAAAAAUUCUGGGCUAUUUUUGGAUAGUUUCUUUGCUUUCCGUUGAGGGCUCCUUCACAGUGUAUGAAUGAAUAUGUAUUUAAAAUGAAUAUGAUCAAUAUAUCGGAUAUUGAAUGAGUAAAAUAAAGCUUCAUUAUCAAAUAUGA